CUGGGCUGCUUCUCCCCGCCGCCGAUGCUUGCCUUCGCCUCCUCCCCGCUCUCCUUCUCGGCUCCGGCCCUCGCCCGCCCCGCCGCCGCGCUGCGCGGCGCGGCCUCGAUGGGGCUGGCGCCCCCGGUCGAGAAGUCGCAGGCCCUCCCCUUUGCCGAGCGGCCCGCAAAGCUCGACGGCACCCUUGUCGGAGACGUCGGCUUUGACCCGCUCGGGCUCUCCAACAUUCUGCCCAUCGAGUGGAUGCGCGAGGCGGAGCUGAAGCACGGCCGUGUCUGCAUGCUCGCCGUCGUGGGAUACAUCGUGGUCGACAAGGGCCUGCGGGCGCCCGGCGCGGAGAAGCUGGUCGCGGCGACGUCAAGCUUCACCGCCCACGACGCGGCGGUGCAGUCUGGCCACAUGUGGGCCCUGCUCCUCGCCUGCGGCCUCUUCGAGAUCGUGGGCGCCGGUGCCAUCGCCUCGACACUCAACGGCGGUGACCGCAAGCCGGGCGAGUUUGCGCUGACCGGCGGCUUUGACCGCGACGCGGCGAAGCUCGAGCGCUUCAAGCUUGCCGAGAUCAAGCACUCCCGACUUGCCAUGAUGGCCUUCUCGGGCCUCGUCACGCAGGACGCGCUCUCGCAUGGCGCCACGGGCUUCCCGUACUUUUAGCGGCGACCACCGUCCCUCGAUCGGCGCCGCCGCUGGCCUGGGGUGCGUAUCAACCUCUCUGGCCCCACCCCGGGGCAGCCCAGGGGGGGUGUGGGGCAGCCAGCUGCCAAGCGGUGGCUCGGCCGGUUUUGGUGUCCAUGCUGUGAGUCUCCCCGGUGUUGCCCUCUCCUCGUAGCUCGUUUCUGUGCGCCUCAUUUUCCGUUGGGUUCUUGGAUUCUUCCUGGAGCAAGUUUUCGUGCGCGCGCCGUGCGACGAUUGCUUAUUG